CCAAAUCCAGAAAGCAAUGAAAUUCGCAGCUUCCUUGAACUAACAGAGCAUAUAAAGCCGAUUACUUUCUCUCUCGUUCACUCUCUCUUCGUUCACAGAUCCAAGCCGACGACGACCGCUAGAAAUCUGCGAAGAUGGUGAGCAAAUUGGAAGAAGAACAGGUGAAUCAGUUAGAGGCUCAAGUCGACAACGGAGGAGGUGGGACUUGGGAGUAUCUAUGCCUCGUUCGGAAGCUAAAGAUUCGACGCUCCGAUAAGGUCUUAAAACAUGGACUAUCAAUCUUGAAGAAUCCGAAAAAACUAUCAAGUAUUGGCUCUGAAGAGUGGACUCUAUAUGAGCAAGUUGCUAUUGCAGCUAUGGACUGUCAAAGCCUUGAUGUUGCAAAGGAUUGCAUAAAAGCUUUGCAAAAGAAGUUCCCUGAGAGCAAAAGGGUUGGUAGGCUGGAGGCAUUACUUUUUGAAGCAAAGGGAUCCUGGGAUUUGGCUGAAAAAGCUUACUCAAGUCUUUUGGAGGAUAAUCCACUUGACCAAGCAAUCCACAAGAGGAGGGUAGCAAUGGCGAAGGCACAGGGAAACUUCUUAGGGGCAAUUGAGGGUCUAAAUAAAUAUCUUGAGAUAUUCAUGGCAGAUAAUGAUGCCUGGAAAGAACUUGCGGAAAUAUACAUUUCCUUGCAAAUGUACAAGCAAGCAGCAUUCUGUUACGAGGAACUGAUCUUAUCUCAACCUACAAAUCCUCUGUAUCACUUGGUUUAUGCUGAUGUCCUUUACACGCUUGGUGGUUUGGAAAAUCUUCACACAGCUAAGAAAUAUUAUGCCUCUGCUUUGGACUUGACUGGCGGGAAGAACACCAGAGCCAUCUUUGGUGUUUGCUUGUGCUCCUCUUCCAUUGGACAACUAUCGAAAGGACGAAACAAAGAGGAGAAAGAGAGACCGGAGUUGCAAGAUUUAGCAGUGGCUGCCUUGGAGAAAGCCUACAAGAACAAGGCAACCGAUAAGUACUCUUUACUUGUCUCAACCUUAAAAAGCUUAAAGCUGUCAUCAUCAUCCUAACUGAAUUCAAUCGAUGACUUAUUAUGACCUACCUGGUAUCCAAAUUGGCGAGCCUUUAUUGUCUUCUUUCUGAUUUAGUCUGAUUCCGAACUGCUAUUUAAAGCAUGUUUUGUUUUGAUUUUUGUGUUGUUUCAAUCAUUAUUUAUUGUUAGCUCGAUGACCAAUGUAUUUUUAUAGUUAGUUUUCAUGAAAUUAGUAUAUUAUUUUUAUCUGCUUGAAUAAUUACUUUCUCAGACGUUUCAGAUCAACCAAUGUAUGGCUAUAUACAAUAUACAUGUGAUCUUUUAAAUGUUAACUAGUUGUUGUAGCAAUUUGCUCGACAAUU